UGGAAGCUUGGCGGGGGAGAAAGAGCGGAGAGUGGGUUCUGCAGAGGGAAGGAGGCCCGAGUUUCACCCGAGGGGCGCAUUAGAGGCCUCGGCCUUUCAGUCCAGGGGAAAAGAGGCAGGUGCUGUUCCGAAGGCGUGGUGACAGUAUGGGUAGUGUGAGCAGGGGACGAGGAAGAAGAGCUCCAGGGGAAAGUGAACAGGCCCCUGCCUUCCCGGAGAUGAGGGGGCGGUAGGAAGACGCCUCAGCCUCCUCAAGUAGGAAGGGGAAGGGUCCAAACCUGUGAGGGAAUGAGAGACUGAGGAUCUUCUGAAGUAUAUAGGUAGAGAACGGAACAGUCUGGUAUGUCAGGGGGUGGGAAAACCCGUGUUUUGGAGGACCGGAGAGAAGAUAAUUGAGGGGAAGAAAUGACAUUUCUACUUUGAGAAAUGACGGGGGAAUUGGCCAGCUGUCUCCUAAUUGAGGGGCAGGAACGUGGUCCUGUGUAGCCUUCUUCUCGGCUUUAUUACAUUUGAUAGCACCCUGGAUCACCUACUGAAUGCAUGAGAAGGAAUAAAGAAGGAAAAAAUCAAGGAGUUUUGGCAGCCCAGCUAUCUGACUUCAUGUGAAAGAUGGCUAAUGCAGAAGUAAGUGUUCCAGUGGGGGAUGUGGUUGUGGUUCCCACUGAAGGAAAUGAAGGGGAGAACCCUGAAGACACUAAAACCCAAGUGAUCUUGCAGUUACAGCCUGUGCAGCAAGGUUUGUUUAUCGAUGGACACUUUUACAACAGGAUUUAUGAACCUGGGUCCGAGAACAACACGGCAGUCGUGGCAGUAGAAACUCACACGAUUCACAAAAUUGAAGAAGGGAUUGAUGCAAGCACUAUAGAAGCAAAUGAGGAUAUGGAAAUUGCUUACCCCAUAACUUGUGGGGAGAGCAAAGCCAUUCUCCUCUGGAAGAAGUUUGUAUGUCCAGGAAUAAAUGUGAAAUGUGUCAAGUUCAAUGAUCAGUUGAUCAGCCCCAAGCAUUUUGUUCAUCUGGCUGGCAAGUCUACCCUAAAGGACUGGAAGAGAGCCAUUCGUCUGGGUGGAAUCAUGCUCAGGAAAAUGAUGGACUCCGGACAGAUUGAUUUUUACCAACAUGACAAGGUUUGCUCCAAUACCUGCAGAAGCACCAAAUUUGAUCUUCUUAUCAGCAGUGCAAGAGCUCCGGUGCCAGGACAGCAGACAAGUGUGGUGCAGACACCCACUUCGGCCGAUGGUAGCAUCACACAGAUUGCCAUCUCGGAAGAGAGCAUGGAAGAGGCAGGGCUGGAAUGGAACUCAGCUCUCACUGCUGCUGUCACCAUGGCUACAGAGGAGGGUGUGAAGAAAGACUCAGAGGAAAUUUCAGAGGACACUUUGAUGUUCUGGAAAGGAAUAGCUGAUGUAGGACUGAUGGAAGAGGUUGUCUGCAAUAUACAGAAGGAAAUAGAGGAGCUACUCAGGGGAGUUCAGCAGCGGCUCAUUCAGGCUCCCUUCCAGGUAACAGAUGCUGCUGUUCUCAACAAUGUAGCACAUACAUUUGGCCUGAUGGACACAGUAAAGAAGGUUUUGGACAACAGGAGGAACCAAGUAGAGCAGGGAGAAGAGCAGUUUCUCUACACUCUGACAGAGUUGGAACGCCAGUUGGAAGAGCAGAAGAAGCAAGCUCAGGAUCACAGGCUGAAAUCCCAGACCGUUCAAAAUGUGGUACUGAUGCCUGUGAGCACUCCUAAGCCUCCAAAAAGGCCCCGGCUCCAGCGGCCAGCUUCGACCACAGUCCUGAGCCCUUCUCCUCCGGUCCAGCAGCCUCAGUUCACAGUCAUCUCACCCAUCACCAUCACCCCAGUGGGCCAGUCAUUUUCCAUGGGCAAUAUUCCAGUGGCCACCCUCAGCCAGGGCUCCAGUCCUGUGACUGUUCACACACUGCCUUCUGGCCCUCAGCUCUUCCGCUAUGCCACAGUGGUCUCCUCUGCCAAGAGCAGCUCACCAGACACAGUGACCAUCCAUCCUUCAUCUAGCUUAGCACUGCUAAGCUCCACUGCCAUGCAGGAUGGGAGUACCCUGGGCAACAUGACCACCAUGGUGAGCCCCGUGGAGCUGGUGGCCAUGGAGUCCGGCUUGACCUCGGCAAUCCAGGCUGUUGAAAGCACCUCGGAAGAUGGGCAGACCAUCAUUGAGAUUGACCCAGCCCCAGACCCAGAGGCUGAGGAUACUGAGGGCAAAGCAGUUAUUUUGGAGACAGAGCUGAGGACUGAGGAGAAAGUUGUGGCUGAGAUGGAAGACCACCAGCAUCAAGUCCACAAUGUGGAGAUUGUGGUCUUAGAGGAUUAACUGGGGAUCUCAGGGCCAGGAGAUAUGCUUUGGUUUGGAAUUUUAAUUAUUUGUUUAUUUUUAUCAUUGUCCCACUCAUUUCCACAUAGGAUCCUUUUUUUAAAACAAAAUCUCAUUGUUCUAACUGAAAAUGUUGGGUCCCUCCCUCCCCCUCAUUGAAAAACGGACAAAAACAAGCUGUCCUUCCGGAAGUUGAGAGUAGGUCACUCAAUGUCUAAAUCCUUUUACGCAAAGAAAGUUAGUUCUUUUAGGGGAGGCAUCAAGACAACCAGAAACCCUGUCCGGAAAGCCCUUUCCAGGCUAGUCUGUCUGUGUACACGUGCGGUUUUAUUUUUGUAAAGAUGCAUUGGCCAAACUCUGGGACGCAGAUCUGACACUGGAAGGCAACCCACCUGCACGUGGAUGCAGAGGAUACUUUAUUUUGUAUCCUGGAAAGGGCCCUCAGAGGCUAGUGCAAAACUCUGAAACAACAGCAAGUUGAACUGUGCUGGGAGGGGAAGGUGGCAUACCAGCAGCAGCUUGAAAAGGGAAGUGCUUUGGUCAGGAUGGGGCAAGGAAAUUAUCUUACUUCCAGAAGUGCAACUGAUGCCUUUUGAUAUCUCUAAGGGGUUACUACCAUGGGUGCCAUUUUGAGGAGAGGCCAGUAAUAAGUGGAAGGGUACAUCUCCGUGGAGCAAGUGGCAUCAGGGGCCUGGGGCCUGUGACUUUGCAGAAAUAGAAAUCUGGGUUUCAAGCUCACUUUCCCCUCCUUCCCCAAUUUUGUCAAAGCACUUAACCCCCCUAAACUAGGAUCAAUCCAUUCAUUUGCAAACUAUGUGAUGUGGUGUAAAUUUCUCUGGUUCCUGGACUGUGGCUGUCAUGGAGGUGGGGCUCCAAGGCCAUAGUUUUUAUUGCAUGACUCCGGGUGCAGGGUAGUUCCUCAUCCAGACCAGCUGCCCUUUUUGGUGGGGCCCUUUUUUGGCUUUGGAACCAAAAGCAGCCACUCAUUUGGUGCUUCCUCUUGUUCUCCCUUCCAUCCCUCAACUGUUAAUGGCAUCUGUCUCCUGGAUCCCACGCUCUUCAGCUUUUUGGCUGAUUUGGAGAACAGUGACAGGUGUCUGCCUGCCUUCAUCCUCCUUUAGAUUCAUUUAUACCACAGAUGUUUCUGUGAGAUAUUGAGCUCUUAAAAAAAAAAACAAAAAACAAAAAAAAAAAAACACCUUAGGCUUGGCAGAGAAGACUCAACAGCCCCAGCCUAUCCUGAGGCAACAAGUAGAUGUCUCCUCCUGAGCGAGCUGGACUCCCUGGGAAAGAAGCAUUGUCUGCAACAUUAUAUUAUAGGAAAUGUACCAGGAAUGUCAAUAAUAAUAUCUUUGGGGGGUGUUGUUAUUAUUAUUUUUUUUUUAUGUUGUUUGUAUGUUUAGAGCUGGGCCAUUUUCUGUGCUGUGAUUCCUGCUCUUUGACCAUUUUCAGUGUUUGGGGCAAGAGUGGACCCUGGUUUUUAUUUCUUUGAUUGCAUUGUUUACUGCACUAGAUAAAAUAUAGGGAAACUGCAGACAAUUUAAAGGAAAAAGAGGUCAAAAAGAAAGCACACACCUUAGGAGUGGGAGGUUUUUUUGUUUUUGUUUUUGUUUUUUUAAUUAAAAGCAAAACUUUGGCUUAUAGUUUCCUUUUUUUUUUUUUUUUUUUAAGAGGGCACCCACUUGAAGCCAUGUUUCUUCCAACAGAUGUUGGAAACCUUGUUGUCAAGCAAGUGAAGACUGCAUUCUGCCGUCUUUCAGGUGGCUUUAAUAGCUAAAGAAGCCCUCUAACUUGGGAGGGCAAUCUUAAAAGCCUUAAGGGUGAGAUUUCUUAACCCCAUAUAAUUGUGGCUUUCAGCUUUAAAAUUGUCUGGGGUUUUACUUUUCUCUUCAAAAUGUUCAAUAGAUGUAGCAAUCAGCUUAGAACAAACCUUUGGCCCUUUAGUGAGGGAAGUGGCUUUUAUUAUUGCUUCUUUAGGUUUUCUGAUGGUACAUAAACAAAACCAAAAUUUCAGUUUAAGCCUAAAACUGCUACUUGACCCUAGGAAGGCACAUGUCACCCCUAUCGUUUUUUAGGGACACUUUUCUCUUUCCCAGAGAUGCAAGGUCUGAUUCAGGACAGAGGGGGAGCCCUGGAGAACACCCACACACUAGCUCAGGUUCCUUUCUUUCUUCUGUCAGCUGUUGUUGGUAGUGUUUUAAAGCAGUGUGAGCAUCAUGCUUCCAAAGUCAAGAGAUCUUUUCCUCCUAAAGACAGAGCCUGUUUACUUGCACUAUCUGAAUAUUCCGGCUGGUGGAAAUACACAAGCUUUGUUGUU